CCCCCCACCCCCGGGAGGGGGGCGCUGCAGCUAGUCUGUGGUGGAAACCUGGGUUGUGCUUCUUGGGGUCAAAGGGGGAACAGGACCCAGACUAGGGGCAAGAGGCUCCAGCGCUGUGUCGCAGUGUGCCCGCGCCCCUCAUCAUUUCCGGCACGCAGGCUGCUAGAGCUGAGGUUGUUGUUGACUUGCCCCGUCACCUCCCCAGCCCCUGGCCCAACAUGAUACUGACCAAAGCCCAGUAUGAAGAGAUAGCCCAGUGCCUAGUGUCUGUGCCGCCCACGAGGCAGAGUCUGAGGAAGCUGAAGCAGAGGUUCCCCAGUCAAUCGCAGGCCACUCUGCUGAGCAUCUUCUCCCAGGAGUACCAGAAACAUAUUAAAAGAACACAUGCCAAACAUCAUACUUCCGAAGCAAUUGAAACUUAUUACCAGAGGUACCUGAGUGGAGUGGUGAAAGAUGGAGCUGCCCCAGUGCUUCUGGAACUGGCCAAUGAGAUGGACUAUGCACCCUCAUUAAUGGCUCGGAUUAUACUAGAGAGAUUUCUACAGGAGCAUGAGGAAACUCCACCCUCCAAGUCUGUUAUAAAUAGUAUGCUGCGGGACCCUUCUCAGAUUCCAGAUGGAGUUCUAGCAAAUCAGGUCUAUCAGUGCAUUGUGAAUGACUGUUGUUAUGGACCACUGGUGGACUGCAUCAAACAUGCCAUUGGCCAUGAGCAUGAAGUCCUGCUGAGAGACCUGCUUCUGGAGAAAAACCUAUCCUUCCUAGAUGAAGAUCAGCUCCGGGCAAAGGGUUAUGACAAAACUCCAGAUUUUAUUUUGCAAGUACCAGUUGCUGUAGAAGGACACAUAAUUCACUGGAUUGAAAGCAAAGCCUCAUUUGGUGAUGAAUGUAGCCACCACGCCUACCUGCAUGACCAGUUCUGGAGCUACUGGAAUAGGAGCUGCAGUAGCUAUCAUGUGACCAUGAGGAAAAGGAUGGGAAACCAACAGAGCUACUGAACCUGGAUCAGCACUGCCAAACUUCUCUGAUUUCAACUGUCACUCCUUCUGUGUGUUGUUUCUUACACCCCAAAACAUUCCUAACUGAAAUUAGAAACUGUAAUUCUUAGAGCUAUGUUCCUAGUAGUUUCCUAGUCUCUCACUGUAUUGUGAGAGAGAAAUGCUUACAAUAACUAACAAAGUUACUGAUUAGUCAAGAGAUUUUCAAAAACACUGAUCCUAAGCAAUCAUGGUACUAAUAUAGAAGUUUAUUACUCUUGAAAUAGAACGACGUUGAGUUUGACAUUACCAUGCACAAGGAUCCAAGUAAAGACCCCAUCCCCACCUGCAAAGGAGGGAAGUUUCAUGAGCAUUGAAGCAGUGCUGCCAGUGUCUCUUCUCCUCUUCUUCAUCUCCCUUCCCCCUCUCUCUGGUUCUUUCUGAUAAAAAUAAAUUUUUAUGCUGAUUCUGCAUCAAAUCCAUCUGGUAGUAGAACCCUGUGAAAAUCUGAUAGGUGUCUAUGACAGUAUUAAAAUCUUGAACAGACAUGGAUAGUAAGAUCAGAAGGUAAACUGAAUCAAACAGAACAAAGUCACCCCCACCUACACACACACUUCUUUGGAGAACUAUCCAGAAAAGAAACUCUUAUCCAGAUGUAUAAUUGUUUUGGGAUAACCCUCUCCACCUUUCUCUCCAUUCCAUACCCUCCACAAAAUAGCACCAUGUUCACUGAAUUACACAGUGGAUUGUAUUAGUCAAAUGUCCUCAGUUCUUUGUCAGCACAUCUAAAAUUUUAUGACAACCAGGUGCCUACUCACAGGACACUUAAUAAUCACCUAAUUCAACCAGCUAUAACUAACUAUGAAAGUAAAUGUAGGGGAGUCAGGUGGUAGUGCAUCAGAUUAUGUGCACAUGGCAAAAGUGCAAGGAUCAGAGUAAGGAUCCCAGUUCAAGUCCCUGCCUCCCGACCUGCAGGGGAGUCACUUCACAAGCAGUGAAGCAGGUCUGCAGGUGUCUAUCUUUCUCUCUCCCCCUCUCUGUCUUUCCCUCCCCUCUCCAUUUCUCUCUGUCCUAUCUAACAAUGAUGACAUCAACACUAAUUACAACAACAAUUAAAAAAACAAGGGCAACAAAAGGGAAAAUAAAUAUUAAAAAAAUAAAUUGAAAGAAAGAAAGAAAGAAAGAAAGAAAGAAAGAAAGAAAGAAAGAAAGAAAGAAAAAAGGUAGGCCCUAUUCAAUAAGAUCAGCAGAACUUGUCCCAAAGGCUCCCUGGUUUCCAUCCAGAUUCCACUCUCACAAGUUCUGGGUCAACAGCUUAACUGGCCACUUGGUGGGUCAAUUGUCUCAUCAGUAACAAUGGCAAUGAUAUGUUCCUUCUACAUAUAAAUUGUAAUGAUUAAAGUACUUGCUGUAUGUCUAGUGCUUAUAGAAGAUCCUGGUCCGGGAGUCAGGCUGUUGCACAGCGGGCUAAGCACAGGUGGCGCAAAGUGCAAGGACCAGUGUAAGGAUCCCGGUUCGAGCCCUGGCUCCCCACCUGCAGGGGAAUCGCUUCACAGGUGGUGAAGCAGGUCUGUAGGUGUCUAUCUUUCUCUCCCCCUCUCUGUCUUCCCCUCAUUUCUCCAUUUCUCUCUGUCCUAUCCAACAAUGAUGACAACAAUAAUAAUAACUACAACAAUAAAACAACAAGGGUGACAAAAGGGAAUAAAUAAAUAGAUAUAAAAUUUAAAAAAAAAAGAAGAUCCUGGUUCCUAGUAAACACUCAAGAAUGUUUUGUAUUGGCAUGGGAGAUAGAUGGUGACUUAGCCAGUAGAGCACCACAUGUUAUAAUAUGAACUCUUGGUCCCUGGAGGAGAUCCCUUGAAGAAGCAUCACAAGUGGUAGAGCAGUAUGGCAAGAGUCGCCUCUAUUUCUCUUUCUCUCUCCCUCUCUAUCUCUCACCAUCUAUAAAAAAGAAAUAA